AUGAAGUCCACUACUCCAGCCCAAUUUCUUCACGCCGCCUUCAGCCCUUCAGCCCUUCAGCUCUUCACGCCUUCACCGCUUCACGCCGCCAUCAGCUUCACGCCGCCUUCAGCUUCACUACUUCACGCCGUCUUGAGUGUGAGAUUCGAUAUCAAUGGAUUUGUGACAGGGUUUGGGAACCCAGACUGGUCAAGGACUCACGAACCUGCUAGUCAGACGUCUACCGUGGUCAAGACACUUGUUGAAGGAGGAGCCACAUGUACUGGAAGAACUGUUGUAGAUGACAUGGCCUUUGGUAUUAGUGGUGAACAAAGACAUUUUGAUACUCCAACAAAUCCGGCUAUGAAGCUGUUGGAGGCCUUUUGAUAUCAAAUAGGAUUAUGGUGCAAUUUGUCUUUGAAUAUCAGGACUUCUGCUGCCUAUUUUUCUGCAGUAUAUAUAAUCAUUCCGAGUAGAGAAAUAAGGUUUGAAGUCAAGGAGCUUUUUAGCUUUGUUUUGUCCUUUUUAUUAUGUCCCAAAAGCCUGGUAUUUCAGUUGAGAAUGUAUUCGAUCCAUUGUUUA